AUGGCGACCAAACUCUACGACGUUCUCAUCAUUGGCGGUGGCCCCGCCGGCCUCUCCAUGGCGACAGCUCUCGCCCGGCAACUAUACACGGCCCUGGUACUUGACUCGGGAGUCUACCGGAACGCGCCAACAAAGCACAUGCACAACGUCAUCGGCUUCGAUCAUGCUGACCCUGCUGCCUUUAGGGCCAAGGCUCGGGAAGAUUUGGAGAAGCGGUAUAGCUCUAUCGAGUUCAAGUCGGCGACCGUUGAGACGGUGAAGAAGCUGGACUCUGGUAUCUUUGAAGCUGUCGAUAGCAAAGGUACUGUGUACCAAGGCAAGAGGCUGGGUCUGGGUACGGGUGUCAAGGAUGUUCUUAAGGAUCAGCCUGAAGGUUAUGCUGAUUGCUGGGGACGUGGCAUCUUCCACUGCCUCUACUGCCAUGGCUUUGAGGAACGAGGCGCUGAAUCUGUUGGCGUAUUCGCUGGCGGCAUAUUCACUGUUCCAGAGAUGGUCUCUCAUGUCGCUCCCAUGGCCAAACGCCUCGCCAAGUCCGUGACCGUCUACUCUAACGGCAACGAAUCUCUCUUGGAGGGCGUACGCGCCAAACUACACAGUAGCAAGAUCAACUACGACAACCGAAUCAUCAAGAGCUUCCAGCUCGUCGACAACGGCCCCGCCGUCAAAAUCACCUUUGAAGACGGCUCCUCCAAGGUCGAGGGCUUCGUCGCUAGCCAUCCCAACGUGGUCCAGACUUCGCCCUUUGCGGAGCAGCUCGGCCUCGAGAUGCAGCCAUCGGGCGAGAUCAAGGUGGAACCGCCCUUCUACGAGACCAGCGUCAAGGGGUGCUUCGCGGCUGGCGAUGCUGCGACCGUGUUGAAGAGUGUGCUGCAGGCUAUGGCUAUGGGGGCGUUUUCUGGUACUGGGGCUGCGACGCAGUUGCAGUAUGAGUUGGAUGCAAAGGAUGAGCUUUGA